AUGCCUCCUGUUUCUAAUCCUUCAGAAGGGGACACGAGGUAUGAUAAAGACUUCCAAAGACUCGAAAGCUUUUCACGAAGCUUGAAACAAAAAUGGAGAAUCUCAGUUGCAGAGCUUGCUUUCAUUCUCUCGUUUGCCCUCAACUUUGCCAUAGGCAAGUUGCUCCAUCUAUACUCUGAUCAAUCGGAGGUUUACAACUACUACAAUGACAAAAACAACAUCUUCAACCAGUACUUUGUCAAGAAAGGAUGGGCCUGGACCACGAUGGUGAUCAUUUUUUUCUACGCUGUGGUGGUGCUGAGGAGGAAGAACGAGCCUAGCCAGAGAGUGUUGAUCACAGCAAUUGCUAGGUAUUUUGCAGCGACAUUGUGGUGGGCCUUGUUCACCCAGUGGUGUUUUGGGUUGCCCAUCAUGGACAGGGUCUUUGUUUACACCGGCGGUAGAUGUGUGGUUCCUGACGGCAAACACUGGGCUCACCUCUUUGAGGAAAUCGAUGGGAUGUUCCACUCGCACAAAGUGUCUUCAUUUGCUUGCCGUUCGCUUCGAGGCUCCUGGGAAGGCGGCCACGACCCGCUGGGGCAUGUGUUUUUAUUGGUGCAUUCGUCAUUGUAUCUCUUUUUUGAGAUCAAGCCCUACUGGAGAGGCUGGAGCCAGUUUAGAAGAAAUAUCGAGAGAUUGAGAGGGCCCAACUUCCCCGCCAAACUCGUGGACACGCUCAACACGACCCCACAGGUUGCCGCCAUCAUCUUGAUGGCACUCUGGUGGUUCAUGUUGCUCAUGACCAACAUGUACUUCCACCUGAUCGCCGAGAAGUUGGUGGGACUUUUGUUCGGGUACGCUGCCAUCGGGGUUGUGUAUAUUCUCCCGAGAUGGUUGUGA